UGACGCGUUAAAAAUGGUCGACAAAUCUGACUCUCGUGAUCAUAGCGCUUUGGAGGUUGCACUACUUCCAGAAAACGAAUUCUGCAAAAAUGUAAAAGACGCCGUAAAAGUUAAAAUGGCUAAAAGCUCUUCCUUGCUCUGCUGUAUGAGUGGCAGCGGCAGAAUGACCGUGGUAGAUGUUUCAGAGACUGCGGCCUCCGAAACCGUAGUUGAUGGCUCCUACAAAGACUUUGUAUGGGAGGAGGUGACUGUGCAGAAUUCAGUGUGUGCCAGCCCCAGACUGCUGGCUGUUGCUUCUGAAAGUGGCCUAUGGCUGUAUGAAAUGGGGGCGCAGGACCUGGCUGGAAGUCCCCCCAUCUGUACAGCUAACUGCACGGCAGACACCCUUCUGUGCAAAGCACAGGAGAAGGACUCAAGUGUGUCUGAGUUGGUCUCCUUGAAGCUGCUGUCCUUUGCAGACGGCCGGUGCUUUGUUCUUUUGAACGCUUGUGUUCUGGUGCAGCUGUUCUGGGAUGGGGAGUCUUUAGAACCAGAGAUCCUGGCGUGCUGCACCAUUGGUGUCCCUCCCGAGGCCCUGGAUAAAGUCACCGAUUACCAGAUCUGCCCAGGCGCACUGUUUGUGUUGGCCAGCACUGGACACAUCUAUGUCUGUGACAGCACUGACGGGAGGCAGCUUGCCAGAGUGGACCUGCUCUCUGACAGUUCAGACGGACUAGGCGAAGAUGAACCCCCUCCCGAUCUGUCCUCCUUCUGCCUCUUCCAGGUGUCUCAGGACCUCAGCACCGCUGUAGCUGCUACCUCUUUCAGCUCUGCCAUUGCUGUCAACCUGAAUGAAUAUUUUAGGAGACACCCAGAACACCUGCUCUGCCAUGUGAGCCCCACGUACCCCCCACUGCGACCCCUGUCUCCCACCGACCAGGACAGCCUCUCCAGUGCCAAACACAGUCACUCUGUGCUAGGCACCUCCUUCCACUCUGACCGCUCCUGGGAAUCGCAGUUGUCAUCGAUGUACAACAAGGCGAGGGCUUCGUCCCUGUCCCACCAGGAAAGGGUGUGCCCCUGGUUCAGGGACUUCCCUCAGGUGGAGUGCAGGCGGGCCGUGGCCGGCGUCAGCCUGUCACAGAGAGCAGCUGCAGCGGCGGUCAUGGUGGUGAAUUUCGACGUGCAGGAAGGGGCGGUGCCCGCCACGCUCUCUGUAUCCGAGUUCUCAGCGGUCCUGACUUUCCUCUACCCUGGGAACAGCGAGACCACAGUGGCCUUCUGGGAUCUAAAGAGCCAGGGUGUCACCUAUCACCGCUCCGCCACGCCCUGUGCACCUGUCCAGCGCUGUGCAGACGAGCAGCUCAGCCUUCUUCUCAAAGACACUGGCCUGUCCCUGGUGCUUUUUGCCGUGUCUCAGGAGGAACUGCUCAACAGGCUGAUGGUGUUUGGCAGUGCUGGCACGGUGGACUCCCUCUGUCACCUGAACGACUGGGGACGCUGCUCUAUCCCCAUCCACGCCCUGCAGGCUGGACUGAGGAACCAUCAGCUGGACACAGUGGAUUUCUUUCUAAAGAGCAAGGAGAAUAUCCUCAGUGCCCCUGCAGGAUACAGUCUUCCUGAGCAAUCUGUGGCUGUCUCAACCCAGACCCAGUUAAAGAACGUGGAGGACUUGUGUCCAGCCCUCGAUCUGCUGAGCUCCGCCAUCAGAGAAACCCACGCUGAGUCCCAGAGCAAGCAGUUCUCCGAGCAGCUCCUCAGCGUCACCCUGACAUUCCUCAACGCGCAAGUCAGGGAGAUCCUGUCCAGCACAGAGGAGCUGGAUGACAAUCUGCAGAAGUGUGUGAACAUUCUGGGGAGGUACAUCUCAGACCUGCGAGCAUUCAUGAAGAGAUUUCCCUGGCUCUCAGGAGUGGACGCUCCACCACCAGGCCCUGCUGCUGUUGCCGGGCCUGAUACUGGUUUGGAGGAAGACUGGAACUCCGUCUCUACUGAGGAGGUGGUGCAGCGUGCUGUGAUGACCAAUGACAUCCCACAUGCCCAGGCUUACCUGAGGAGCAUGCAGAGCCCGGAACAGAGUCUGGGAGCGCUGAGGAACUGUGGGCUCCUUCUGGCCUUGGGAUGCCUCACCCAUAGAGACCUAGAGCAAGCCAGCACCCUGCUCCGGAACAUGGGCUUCAAUGUGAAGGAGCAGCUGCACAGCAUUUGCCUCUACACUGAUGACAGCGAUCUGCGGGACUUUGUGGUGGAAGAACUGUUGAAGCAGAACUACUUACCAGACAAAGAGGCAAAGAUGGUGGAGUUUAUCAAGCAAGUUGGGAAUUUAUGCUCAGAGCCACCAACAAGGAGUAAAAACUCUCUGAGCAGGAGGAGAGCUCUGCAGAUGGAACAGACUGACCCUAAAUGUAAAUGCCUGCUGGAGACCUUGCUGAGUGAAACUGACCUGCAGUCCGCAGAGGCUCUGUGCAGCUCCAUCAGACUGGACUGGGUCAGACACUGGGAUCAGAAUGCCCAGGCCACCAUCCUGCUGUCCCGUCUGCAAGACUAUGCGGUCAGCUCAUGUGACCCUGCAGUCCUGUGGCUCUACCUUACUUCUCUGCAUGACCAAGAGAGGAUCACCAGCUGGAUCGAAAGCCUCACCCCCCGUGGCACCUCCCCUGCGGUCCCAUCCCUGUGGAUGGCACUCCCAGCCACUGUCGUCAACGACAACACCGUGUGUGCCAGCUACAUGAGGGAUGAAAUUCUGGACAUGCUGGCAAGGAAGGGGAUGUUUAUCCAGGCAGAGAUGUCCGACUUCGAGCAGCUCCUGUGGAGACUUGGCCAGGCAGGGGGUGUGAUGCAGCCCGAUCCCCCCAUCCCGCAGUUCCGCUCUCCUCAGGGUCAGGACUUCCAUACAUGUUUCAUCCACCACUGCCUGGAGAAUGGGCUGAGAUACCUGCUGUACACGUACCUGCAGCACUACCAUUUAACACCCAGAAACUCCCCAGCUCUGUCCGACAGGAGCUUGUAUGAAAGCUACCCUUGGUUUGAGAUGCUUGUGAGGGUGCAGGAGAUUACUAGGCAAUUGACAGACCCUGAGCUGGUUUUCCAGGCCAGCCUGACCAGCGCCCAGGUCCUGAUUCCUGGCAGCCAGGCCAGCAUCAGCAGCAUGCUGCUGGAGGGACACAGUCUGCUUGCUCUUGCCACCAUCAUGUUUGCCCCAGGGGGCAUCGACCAGGUGGUCAGUCAGAGGGGGACGGAAGGUGACUCCCUGUGGAAGGUGGACCUCCAGCUGCUGAAGAUGGCCCUGAGCCCGUACCCCAAACUAAAAUCAGCCCUGUUCCCCCAGAGCACCCCCCGCUGCACACCCCCCUCUGACAUCACCAUAUACCACCUCAUGCAGUCCUUGCGUCCACUGGAUCCUUCCAGAUUGUUUGGAUGGCAGUCGGCUAACAUGUUAGCUCCAACCGAUGCAUCUGCGGAGCUGCCCCACUUCUCCAGCCCUCACCUUGUCAACAAGUACGCCCUGGUGGAGAGCCUGGACUUUCUGUAUUACCUGCGCCAUGGCCGUCCCUCCUUCGCAUUCGGGACCUUUAUAGUGAAGCAGCUGGCCAAUUCUGCCAACUUGACCUCUCACCUCAGGUACGCAGCGGAGCAGGCCUACAGCCUGGCCCUGCUGCACUUCAGCAUCCCCUCCGUGGCGGCGGCCUGCGUCUGCUUCUGCGAGCUCCUGGGCGUCGGCAGCCUGAAGCUCCGCGUGGACCUCAACGUGCUCAGCCUCAUCCUCAGGUUCUGGAGUCAGAGCACAGAGGAGGAGCAGCUGACCUCCCUGAGGGACUCUUUAGCUGAUAAGGGUGCUAAGCUUGUAGAGGCGGAGAGGCAGACGGCAGAGGGGUUGCUGGUCCAUCUAGAGGACGCAGUGAAGGAUACAAUUGACCGGAAAAGCAUCAGCAGGUCGUCCUACGAGGCGGGAAAGGAGUGGGCGCUGGCGGUGCAGUUCUGCCAGCUCCAUGAGCUGCCCCUGAGCGCGGCGUACCCACACGCCUGCGCUGCCGACGCCCAGUGGCUACACUUCCUGCUCUUCAUCCAGCUGCACAGCUACCCCCCGCAGCAGGUGCGGUCGCUGGUGGCCCAUUUCAACCCCACUCUGCAAGCUCACCUCUCCCAGGCCUUCCAGCACCUACAGCUGAUUUCGCAGGAGAGGGGCCCCGACCCACAGGGCACCCUGCCCAGCGAGGAGGCGUUGCAGCCCCCUAAGGACCUGUUCCAGGUGCUGCUGCAGAGCCAGGAGGAGCCCAGUGCCUGGAGGUACCUGCUGGCUGAGGCUAUGAGCCAGCACUGUCCCACCCUCACUGUGCUAGCUGCCUGCCACCAGGACGCUGACCUGCUCCAGUGUCUGUGUGUGUGGGUGCUGACCUCUGUGGAUGAUGUCACAGUGGAAGAGGCCACCGCCCACAUUAGCGAGAGCCUGAGACAGCAUGCAUGGAACCUCCACGACCUGUCAAUCAUAUGGAAGGCGCUGCUAAACAAGCGCAAGAUCAGGCCUCUGAUUAGGGGAUUCCAGUUCUUUCAAAGGGACUGCCCUCUGAUCCAUAUGCUACAAAUGUAUGACCUGUGCUACGAUUACAAAAACUACCCAGAAGCCAAGAAGAAACUGCUGGAGUUCCAGAAAUGUCUACUAAAUCUGAAGAGCAGCAGUAGCCAGACCCCGGGGGGCGUCCCGGUACAGUGGGCCGAGAGCCAGGCCUCGGUGCUGCUGCUGAGCAUGAUGCAGCAGUGUGCCACGCAGUACGAGCUCCGCAAGCUGCUGCAGCUGCUGGCCGACAUGGAGCGCCUGCUCAAGUCCAACGGUCCGGACUUUAAGAAGCUCAGCCUCCUCGGCCAGAUACUGCAGGACACACCUGUGUCCCUCAGCCACUGUCUGCUGGAGAGCAGUUCCACCGAAGUCCUGCAGGGGGAGUGCCUGCACAUGUUGGAGCAGCUGCAGGAGAGCGGAUUCUUCAGCCAGGCCAGGCAGGUGGCUGAGCUGGCCGGCCUGCCCAUUGACGGCGUGGUUGUUAAUGAGCUCCUGCAGGACCUGCGUGGCCUGAAGGCCAAGAGGCAGUGGGAGAGGAAGGAGACGAGGGUGGCGUUCUGGAGGAAGUGCCACGAGCAGUUCAGCUGCAACGGCAUGGGCGGCGAGGUCGCAUCCGAGUUCUUCCUGUCCCAGGCCCAGCUCUCCGAGCCCGCCCCGCACAGCCCAGCGGAGACGGAGCUCCUGUGCAUGCAGGAGAAGUGCCUCCUGCUCACCCUGGCGGGACACUGGCUCUCCCAGAUGACCCCCACUCCCCUGUCCCAGCUGGAGGAGAUGGAGAAGAGGGUGUGGUUGUGCCGGGUGCGGCAGCAGGUGCUGGUGUCGGCCAUGGAGAAGGAGAGCAUGUUCGCCCUCCCCGUCACGGCGGCGGGCGACAGCUCCUUCGAGGACGCCAUCAGGGAGUUCUCCUUCUCCAAGAUGGCGGCCCUCAACUGCCCCAAGUACCUGAGCCUGGAGGGCCUGCCCUCGGGGGAGGGGUCCCGGCCUGUGGUGGACGCGGCGGAGGAGGCGGCCCUGGCCGUGCUGGUGGGGCAGCUGCUGGACGACGGCUGCAUCAAUGAGGCCAGCCGCGUGUGCCGCUACUUCUCCCUGUGCCACCACGACUUGUCGCUGGUCCUGCACUGCCGCGGCCUGGCGUCCGGAGACGUGGACAGCACCCAGCUGCAGGCCGGGCUCCAGAACAUCCUCUCCACUGCCGCCUUGUCCGACUCCGAGGACUUCACCAGGAGGGGACUGCGCAGCUCAUCCAGCAUCGGGAGCUUGUCCUCUUUCGUGAUGGUGUCCCACCCGGAGGACCAGGUGGUCUCUCAGCUGCAGGUGCUGACGGAAGAGUGCCGCCAUGGGAAGAGUUACUGCAAACAGGUCCUCAGCCUCUACGAGCUCUCCAAGGAACUGAAGUGUUCCUACAGCGAGAUCUCGGCCGAGGAUCCGGAGACGGUGCUGUGCAAGGUGCUCCUGUCCCAGCAGCCCGAUCGCUACAAAAAAGCCCAGGCCUUCAUCGCCGUGCAGAGCCUGCAGCCGGAGGCCGUGGCUGAGCUGGUCUCCAGGGCCGUCGUGCAGGGGCUGCUUGCUGACUCCCAGGAGAAGGAACCUGCAGGGAGGCAGAUCUACUGCCCUGGGGAUGGGAGAGAGGCCUUUCUGCAGCUGGCGAAGCUCUGUGGGGAUCCCAACCUCGUGGGCACGAAACUCCUGGACAACGUCUCCACCAUCCCCCUCGCGGAGCUGGGCUGCACUGUGGAGCUGCUGAUUCUGGCCCAUGACUGCUUCAGUCUCACCUGUAAUAUGGAGGGCAUCAUGCGCGUCCUCCAGGCCGCCCGACACCUCAGCCACACCCACCUGGCCCACAGCGAGCGCUAUGGCCUGCUGGUGCGGCUCCUCACGGGCAUCGGCAGGUACAACGAAAUGACCUACAUCUUUGACCUUCUCAACCAGAAUCAUCGCUUUGAGAUGCUGCUGAGGAAGAAAGUGGAGUCGAACACCACUCUGAAGACCGCCCUGCUGGACUACAUCAAGCGCUGCCUCCCAGGGGACAGCGAGAAGCACAACAUGGUGGCGCUGUGCUUCAGCAUGUGCCGUGAGAUCGGAGAGAACCACGAGGCCGCGGCCCGCACCCAGCUCAAAAUCAUCGAGUCCCAGCCCUGGGUGGUGACACCAGAACUCAGGAAUGCCUUGGCGAAGGUCCUGACGCUUCUGAAGGAUGCUGCAGAGAGCUAUUCUAAGGACUCCUGUGUGCGCCAGGGCAUGCGCUGCGUGAAGCUGGCCAAGCUGGUCACCCUGCAGAUCCACUUCCUGAACCACGGGCUGAACCAGCGUGUCAUCAACCUGCGCCCCCCAGAGCUGCAAGAAGCCUUUGUGGCUCUGCCUCGGUGCUACCAGGCAUCCGUGAUCGCGGAGGCCUAUGAUUUCUCCCCGGACUGGGCGGAAGUGCUCUAUCAGAAAGUAGUUGUCAAAGGAGAUUUCAGCUACCUGGAGGAGUUCAAGCACCACAGGCAGCUUCCAGCCAGCCUGUUUGAGGAAAUAUCCAGGAAGUUUGCACAUUCUAAGCCCCCUGCAAGUGCCAGCCAGAAUCUGAAGAAGCUGCUGAGAUACUGUGAGGACAUUUACAUGUAUUACAAGCUGGCCUACGAGCACAAGUUUUUCGACGUCGCCAACAUGCUUCUGCAGGACUCGAAGACGAGCAGUUAUCUGAAUGACAAACUGGCCAGCUAAAUGUAGCAAUAACUAAUUUGUGGCAUUAGGUUUCAGUGGAUGUGUGUAUAAACUAUCUGUAAAAA